AUGUCAGUCUCCAACUCUGCUUCUUGGCUGCUGGAAUGCGGCGGACAGUUUACAGUCAAAGAGGCACCAUUGCCUAGCCCUGGCCCCGGUGAAGUUCUGAUCAAGAACAAGGCCAUUGCAGUCAAUCCCAUGGACUGGAAGAUCCAAGUCUAUGGUCCACGUAUACCAUUCCCCAAGCAAUACCCGUUCAUCCUCGGCGCCGACGUCGCCGGAGUAAUCCACUCAGUAGGCCCAGACAUCACAACCUUCAAGAAAGGCGAUCGAGUCAUGGGCCUCGCCAACUGGUUCCUCACCAACGAAAUCCGUGACUCAGGCUUCCAAAUCUACACAAUCUGCAAAGCCGCCGUCGUAGCCCAUCUCCCAAGCACCACCUCCUUUGAAAGCGGGAGCGUCCUCCCCCUAGCCAUAACAACAGCCGCUAUGGGCCUCUACCCACCCGGCCGACUAGAACUCCCCUUACCAAGCGCCACCACGCCCAGGCCCAUCAACAAGGUCAUCCUCGUCUGGGGUGGCUCGUCCAGCACCGGUAGUGCCGCGAUCCAGCUGGCGGUGGCAUCGGGCGCUACCGUGAUUGCCACGGCGUCCGCGAAGAACCACCCCUUCGUGAAGAGUCUCGGCGUGGUCGCGGUGCUAGAUUACCAGGCUAAGAACAUCGUCCCCGACCUAAUUAAGGUGAUUCAGGAGACGGAGGGGGUGUUUGUGGGUGCGCUGGAUGCGAUUGGGGAGGAGGGGACGGUGUUGGGGUGUGCGGAGGUGGUUAAGGGGCUUGGGGGUGGACGGGUGGUUACGAAUUUGCCCAUGGGGGUUAGAGAGGUCCCGGAAGGGGUGGAGGUUGUGGGUGUUGUUGAUGCUGCGAAUCUGGCUGAUAAUCGGGAGGUUGCGAGUGGUGUUUGGGGGGUGUUUGUGCCGAAGGGCCUGGAGAAUGGGUUUUUAAAGCCUGUUCCUGAGCCGCUGGUUGUUGGAGAAGGUUUGGAGAAGGUUGCUGAGGGAGUUGCUUUGUCACGGAAGGGGGUUUCGGCGAAGAAGAUUGUUGUGAGAUUGUAG